GCGCCGCCGCCGCCCGGAAGAAGGAGCCUGCGCCUCGGCCGCCGCUGUUGACAACAUGGCGGCUGCCGCCUCCUCCUCCUCCGCCUCGGUGUGGGGCGCGGGAGGCGGCGGCGGGAGGAGGAAGAGGAAGGAGACCCAGCAGCCCUGAGGGAAGGCCUAGGCCUGCCCCGCCGGCGACGCCAUGUCUUUCUUCAGGCGGAAAGUGAGAGGCAGAGAGCACCAGAAGCCAGCAGAAGGCAGGGCAAUUAAAGAGUCUGGACCGGCUCAGAUGCCCGGCAAUUUUGCGGCAGCACCAGGCUAUUCUCCGCAGAGAGGUACCAGGAACCAUGCCUUGCUCGAGGCCGCCGGACCAAGCCACGUGGCGAUCAACGCCAUCUCGGCUAACAUGGAAUCCUGCAGCAGUCGCACAGCUGCCCUUAAGAAGCAGCCCAGCCAUAUGGAAGCUGCACACUUCGGAGACUUGGGCCGCUCCUGCCUGGAUUACCAAGCUCAAGAAACCAAGUCAAGCCUCUCCAAGACGUUGGCGCAAGUCUUGCGCGACCCCGUGGCCCUCCCGUACUUCACCCAGUAUAUGGAGCUCCACCGCAUGGAACACUUGGUCCGAUUCUGGCUGGAAGCUGAGAAUUUUCGCUCAGCCACCUGGUCCCGCAUCAGAGCACACAGCUUGAACACGGUGAAGCACAGCUCCCUGGCCGAACCGGUGUCCCCUUGCCUGCGGCAGCAGCAGGAACCGCCUGGGUUUCCCCCCUUCGUCGAGUCACUCAACGGAGGACUGGACGACCGGUGUCCCGCCGAACCCUCGUUGGCACGUUUGAACCGGUCAACUUUGACUCUUCGGAACCAUUUGCUGCUUGGCCAAGGCAAGGGGUUGGGGUUGACUCCGUCAGAAGACGAGGACUGUCCUGUUCCGGGUGACCCUCAAGAUGCUUCCAUGGUCUCAGCGUCCAGUAGAAAUAGCCCUUCCUUUGCACUAAAGGACUUGUCAGGAAAACUCAUGAAAAGUAUUGAGCGAGAUGCCGUGACCAUUUUUACCAAAUAUAUCUCUCCCGAUGCUGCUAAACCAAUACCCAUUACAGAGCUGAUGAGAAACGACAUUGUGGCCAAAAUCUGCGGGGAAGAUGGACAGGUGGACCCCAACUGCUUCGUCAUGGCACAGUCUGUGGUGUUUAAUGCCAUGGAACAAGAGCACUUUAGCGAAUUCCUGCGAAGCCAUCACUUCUGCAAAUACCAGAUUGAGGUCCUGACCAGCGGAACCGUCUACCUAGCCGAUAUCCUCUUCUGUGAAUCGGCCCUUUUCUACUUCUCAGAGUUCAUGGAGAAAGAAGACGCCGUGAACAUCCUGCAAUUCUGGCUGGCGGCAGACAAUUUCCAGUCCCAGCUGGCGGCCAAGGAAGGCCAGUACGAUGGGCAGGAGGCCCAGAACGAUGCCAUGAUUUUGUACGAUAAGUACUUCUCUCUUCAGUCCACUCACCCUCUCGGCUUUGAUGACUCCGUACGGUUGGAGAUCGAGUCCAACAUCUGCAGGGAAGGCGGACCCCUCCCCAACUGCUUCACCACUCCACUGCGACAGGCCUGGACCACCAUGGAGAAGGUGUUCUUGCCCAGCUUCCUGUCCAGCAAUCUUUAUUACAAAUACUUGAACGACCUCAUCCAUUCGGUCCGGGGAGAUGAGUUUGCCGGCGGAGGUCUCGCCUUCAACGUUCACGGUCUUGGCAGCGUCUCCGACCACUAUUCCCACGUGGGUGCUGCGGACAGCGGGGCCACUUCUCAGCCCAGCCUCAAAAAAGCCAACGUAAAAAUCCUGAAAAACUUUGAUGAAGCAAUAAUUGUCGAUGCUGCCAGCCUGGACCCCGAGUCUCUGUAUCAACGGACUUACGCUGGGUAAGGGUUGUUGGUUUUUUU